CAUGUGCAUACCAGAGGAGGGAACACAACAACAAGAGCUUCAGCAGCUCCUCAGCAGACGCGUCACACAGGAGAAAUCACGUCUGUGUUCAUGUACAAAGAUGUAGAAGAGCAGUUAUCAUCUUGUUGUUUUUUUUCUUGCCUGUGUUUAAAAAGAGGGGGCUGUGGAGGAAAAAAGAGGGCGGAGCUUCUGAGCUGGAGAUCUGGUUACACACACACACACACAUCCAGACUUUUUCAUGGCAGGUUUUUUGGAAGUGGGGGGAGGGCGAAUCUGCAACUUUUUCCUUGGCCUUCAUGCCUUUUCUUUUCUUUUUCUUUUUCUUUUUUUUUUAACCAAAUGAAGACUUCAUCUUAAGUCAACUCAGCGCCUGUGUUUUUUUAAUCUUUUUUUUGUCUGGAUAAUAAGCGGAUUCAACAAGAAACGGAGGAGAAAGAAGAAGUGCAGACUAAAAAAAAAGAAAAGAAAAAAAGAAGUGGCCCGGAGACGAAACUUUGAAGCGCAGCGCAGAUCUUCUUCAAACAUGCCGCGUCUGCAGACUCAUUUCAAACCAAACAAGGGAAUCAUCCUCUCCGGAACUCUUUGGGAACGAGGUCAUUAGAACUGAAGAAUUCCUUUAAGUAAAUCACUUUUUAUCCUGCUUCCCAAGAUGUCUUCCCACAGUUGGAGCUCCAUUGUUGGAUUUCCCUGGAUGCUGUGCUCGCUGCUCGCUGCUGCUGCUGCCUGGCUCUCCGGCUGCGGGGCAGUGUUGUCUCCUAACGGCACCAUGUUUGAGGACAACUGCAAGAAGACGACGACCUGUGAGGCCCUGAAGUACAACACAUGUCUGGGGUCGCCUUUGCCUUACACACACACCUCUCUGGUCCUGGCUGAAGACUCCACCACACAAGAAGAAGCCUUUGAGAAGUUGACCAUGUGGUCUGGACUAAGAAACGCUCCUCGCUGCUGGUCGGUCAUCCAGCCGCUGCUCUGUGCCGUCUACAUGCCCAAGUGUGAGAACGGUCACGUGGAGUUGCCCAGCCAGAGUCUGUGUCUGGCCACGCGUCGGCCGUGCAGCAUCGUGGACCAGGAGAGAGGCUGGCCCAACUUCCUUAAAUGUGACCACUUCCCCGUCGGAUGUUCGAACGAGGUGCAGAAGCUGAAGUUCAACACAUCCGGUCAGUGUGAGGCUCCUCUGGUGAAGACGGACAUUCAGUCCAGUUGGUACAAGGACGUGGAGGGCUGCGGCAUCCAGUGUGACAACCCUCUGUUCACUGAGGCCGAGCACAACGACAUGCACAUCUACAUCGCCUACUUCGGCACCAUCACCCUCCUCUGCACCUUCUUCACCCUGGCUACAUUUCUUGCUGACUGGAAAAACUCCAACCGCUACCCAGCUGUCAUUCUCUUCUACAUCAACGCCUGUUUCUUUGUGGGCAGCAUCGGCUGGCUGGCACAGUUCCUCGACGGAGCGCGCGACGAGAUCGUGUGCAAGAGCGACAACACCAUGCGCCUCGGAGAGCCGUCCUCUUCAGAGACACUGUCGUGCGUCACCAUCUUCAUCAUUGUCUACUACUCGCUGAUGUCGGGUGUGAUUUGGUUCGUCAUGCUGACGUAUGCCUGGCACACGUCCUUCAAAGCCCUGGGCACCACCCAUCAGCCACUGUCGGGCAGGACCUCCUACUUCCACAUGGUCACCUGGUCCGUCCCCUUCAUCCUCACUGUGGCCAUCCUGGCGAUCGCCGAGGUGGACGGAGACUCCGUGAGCGGCAUCUGUUUCGUCGGCUACAAAAACUACAGAUACCGUGCCGGGUUUGUGUUGGCACCCAUCGGUGUUGUGCUUGUUGUCGGUGGAUAUUUCCUCAUUCGGGGCGUCAUGACCUUGUUCUCCAUCAAGAGUAACCACCCGGGAUUAUUGAGUGAGAAAGCAGCGAGCAAAAUUAACGAGACCAUGCUGAGACUCGGCAUAUUCGGGUUCCUCGCUUUUGGAUUUGUCCUCAUCACCUUCGGCUGCCACUUUUACGACUUCUUUAACCAGGCUGAAUGGGAGAGGAGCUUCAGGGAAUAUGUGCUGUGUGAAGCCAACGUGACAAUCGCCUCUCAGACCAACAAGCCAAUCCCAGAAUGCACCAUCAAGAACCGGCCGAGCCUCAUGGUGGAGAAAAUCAACCUGUUCUCCAUGUUUGGGACGGGAAUCGCUAUGAGCACCUGGGUCUGGACCAAAGCCACCAUCCUGAUCUGGAAACGCACCUGGUGCAAGAUUAUCGGCCGCAGUGACAACGAACCCAAGCGGAUCAAGAAGAGCAAGAUGAUCGCCAAGGCGUUUGCGAUGAGGAAAGAGCUCCAUAAGGACCCAGAGAAGGAGCUGUCGUUCAGCAUGCACACGGUGUCACAUGACGGCCCAGUGGCUGGAAUCAAUUUUGAACUCAACGAGCCCUCCAAUGAAAUGUCAUCAGCAUGGGCGCAGCAUGUGACCAAGAUCGUUGCUCGACGAGGGGCCAUCCUGCCUCAGGACAUUUCUGUGACUCCUACUGGUACACCAGUGCCACCACCUGAGGAGAGGAACAGACUGUGGAUGGUGGAGGCCGAGAUUUCACCCGAGAUGAUAAAGAGGAAGAAGAAGAAAAAGAAGAGGAAGAAGGAGGUGCGUCCGGUGAAAGAGGGGGCGGAUCACCAGACGUAUCGCCAGCGCGAAUUCGGCCGCAGUUCCGUGCCUCGUCUGCCGAAACUGCCCUGUCACCCGAGCCUGGUCGCCAAUCUACAGGAGCAGCAGAAGCUGGAGGAGGAAGUCCUGCCAGGUUCUUACCCAGACUUCCAAACCUCACACCCUCUGCCCUGCGAGGAGCGAUGUCCUUACCCGCCCUACCAGAGCAACCACGUCAGCUACGGCCGCAGCCUGCGCUCCAAUCGUCUGGCCCUCAGUGAUCGUCCAGAGGAUCUGGGUCUUGGCCCACGCUGUCCCCCCUUGACGUCCUCCUGGCAGCAUCACGGAUCUACUCACUACCCUCGAGAGGUGGAUCUUACAGACGGUCUAUCAGAGAGGUUGGCCCAUGUGGCCCGAGUUCCAGCGGGCCGGAGGACUGGCUAUGGACCAAUCCACUCCCGGACCAAUUUAAUGGAGGCGGAGCUAAUGGAUGCUGACUCUGACUUUUAAGACUUUUUUUCCUUUGCGGUACACAGACAGUAAGCUAUUAAAAAAAAGUGCUGGAUACUUCUUAUAAAUCCUUAUUAAAGUGCACCCAAAUGAUGACGUCCAGCCGUCACGAUGGAACUGAGCUGUUCAUUUUCUUUUUUUGUGUUUUUACAGAAAAAAAAGGAAAAUGAUAAAAUGAAAAAAAUAUGUUGUGAAUAAGUUAAGGUAAAAGACUUUUUUUUGUCAUUUGUGUCAUUAUCAUUUCAAACGGUAACGCCACAGUGAUGAGACAUGAGGCAGCUAAACUGUACGUGGCGAGGAACGAUAUAUAUAUUCAUUAUAUAUAGUCUGAAACCCUAUAAGCUGUCAGUCACAUGACAACAUUUAUGACGGACAGUGUUUCGUAUUUCAAUGUUUUACACAGUGGGUGCUACGUUUUAAGUUGUUUUGUUUUUUUAGGUGAAAUGCUAUGAAACUGUUUGAGAGUUUAAUAGUUGACCUCUAAUUGUACCAGUUCCGUAAAAUCAGACUUAUAUACUUCACCUUUUUUAAAAACAAAACAAACUACAGGCUGCUUUCAAACACAGGUUCUCCUCUUGUAUUAUAUGUUAUUGUUUGUAAGCCUCCUCCUACUAUUUAGCCCAUAAGUGUUAGUGUUUAUGUACAGAGUGUUAUCUAACCAUUACGCCCCCCUUGCUUUAUUAGAAUAAAUAUUACUGCUAAACGAGUGCACACUAAAAUAAAUGUUAGUUUGACAAAUCA